AUGCUGCUGCGCUCCCCGCCCGGUGGGUUCGGGGGCCGCGCGGGCGCCAUCGCAGGGAUGCCGGGGGCGCCGCCCCCCGUGCGUCGCACGUGCGCUGCGUCCGCUGCCCUUGCGCGCCCCUGCCGGGCGUUCAUUGAGCAUAACUCGGACCCAACGAAGUGGCGGAGCCCGGCGAAGGCGGAAGUCAAGCGGCGCCACCCGGGGGUAAAGCUCGGCUCCGAGUUCGCGCGCAUCAGGGAGCAGGGCGCAGUGGAGCAGCGGCUCGUUGCCGCCGACAAGUUCACGGAUUGGAACAUGGUGUGGCUCUUCGCCGCCGGCGCCGCCGUGCUGCUCGUGCUGCUGAACGUGCUGAUGGACACGGUGGAGCCAAAUCCCCCGCCUGAGUAUACGCCCUACCGUCCACCGUCGGAAGGGCAUGAAGCUGGCCGGGAGGCGUGA